CCCCACCUUUCUUUCCAGCUUCGUUGUCGACCAUGUCGUCCACUUUCUUCACCUGGUUGCGGUCACCAGCAGCACGAGAAUACUUUUUCAGCACUCAUUUUUGGGGCCCAGUCGCCAACUGGGGUCUCCCUAUUGCUGCUCUUUCCGACUUGUCCAAGGAUGAAGAGUUCAUUUCGGGCACAAUGACAACCACUCUUGCAUGUUAUUCCCUCGUCUUCAUGCGUUUCGCUUGGCGCGUCCAGCCGCGUAAUUACCUUCUCCUAGCCUGCCAUACGACCAAUGCCCUGGCACAAGGUGUUCAAGAUAUCCGGUUCCUCAACUACUGGUACAACGGCGGACGGGAAAGGAAGCUAGGGCUGACGGCAGAUCCUAAAGGCAAGGUCACUCAGGCAGUCGAGGCAGCGAGAGAAGAGGCCAAGAAAGCUGGCAAGUAGUCUCCCACUCCAAGAUAUUACUACCCUACACCAUAUAGAUCAGUUACUAUCUUAGGUGCCUCAUCCACAUAUAUAUGUAAAUGCCUCCACAAACAUAAAAUCACCAAAAUCCGUCAUCCGCGUUCCCCCGUCCCUUCUUAUUGCUACUCUGUGCUAGGGCCUGUUUCUCGUACAUUUCAGCA